AUGGCACUCAGUCGUUGUCUCCUCUCCCAGCUACCUCGAGAGAAGGAGCAGAGACAACAGCACCAGCAGCAACUGCAGCAGCGGCAGCAGAAACAACAGAAGCAGCAGCAGCUGAGGCCAACGAUGACGCAGCCUGCAGAGGGGACGGCUGCAAUAUUCACUCCUCUGGGUAUUCCUUCGUCCUUGUGGCGCAGCCUCUCUUCCUUUGUGCCCCUGGACUCUGACGGCCCCCAACUGGUUGUCAGGGUCCCGCGGGGGCCCCCCGCUGCGGGAGAGGACACGGCCAGCCCAGAGGGGGCCCCCAGCUUGGGCGCAUUAGGUGCGGUGGACGCCGGCGCGAUUCUGUACGGGGGCGCUGCUCCCUGGAGUUAUGUUGACGCCGCCGUCUUCGCUGGGGAGAGUCUCCUGGUGGAGUCGGGGGCAUCUCUUGUUGGGGGGGGCCUCCUGCUCUGCGGGGGCGGAGGCAACACGGAGCUGCGGGGGACAGUCGAUGCCAGCCGACGGGGGUGUCAGCCUCUGCACGGACCCGGUGCGGGCAGCCGGGGGGUCUCUGUUGAGAGCUCUCUGAGCAGCAGCGACGCCUCCACUGAGCCUUCUGGCGCGGAGCAGUCUGCGCUUUGCGGGGGAGGCGGAGGGGGGCAUGUGGGGGCGGGAGGAGACGGGGUGCAUGCACUGACAGGAAAAGCGUGCAGAGGUAGCGGGGGCCUCAGCUACGACCGGCGCCCCCGGAUACUGCUCCCUGGCGGGCUGCCUGCUGCUAGGGCGCUUGCUAAUGAUGGCUUCGCCCUCACAGAGAAUAAUAACCCCACCCUGUUUGCCUCGACAGCGAGCGCCUCAGGAGGCGGAGGUGACCUGGCUCGCGCGGGUAGCGGGGGCGGGUUUGUGUGGGUGCAGGGGCAGACUGUAAGGAUAGAUGGGCAGGUGACGGCAGAUGGAGGGGGCGGAGAGCUGAUGCAGGAGGCCAUCAUAGACGUUGAGGUCGACCCGGAAGACUGUCCUCCUCUGCCUUCUUCUCCCCUCUCAGAGACACUCAAGGGACCCCCAGACGCCGCAGCAGAAGCGAAGCCGGGCGGCGUAGACGCCGCCUCUUCAGGCCCAACACCAGGGGAGACGACAGGGGAAAGCGCUGCACCAGAUGGAGCACUGCAGCCUCCCGGUGUACCCCCUGCCGCUAGCGAGGCCCCUUUAGAGGAAGUCCUCGCAGCACAAGAGACAACCGAUGCAGCAGAGCGGGGCCCGACGGACCCCAAGACCCCUAAUGAGGCGACACCCACACCCACUCUGGAUAGCGUCUCGUGUCAGCUGUCUGGGAUCCUUGCCGAUCCUGCGCAGCUCGGGCAGGGAGGAGGAGCUGGGGGAUCUAUAGUUAUAGAGGCGGGGGCGCUCAAGGGCCACGGCACAAUCUCGGCCCAGGGAGGCCACGGAGGCCGCUGUACGGGGGGCGGCGGUGGUGGAGGAGCGAUAAACUUCCUGUGGGACACCUCACUGCACUACUGGGGGCGGGGCCCUACUGCUCGGCAGCAGCGCGGGCGCAGGAGCAGCAGGAACGGCAGAGGCAGCAGGAACAGCAGAAGCAGGAGGAUCAACGAAGCAGGCACUAGUAAUAGCCUGAUCCGUGAGGAGGCAGCUGAGAAAGAGGAGGAGCUGGAAGAUGAACAAGAGGCCAGCGCCUUUAUCCCGUGGCUGAAGCCCCUUGACUAUGCUGGUGGAUUCGUUGGGUCUCUGAAGUACUUGUCCCCACAGGGGCUGUGUGCCUAG